CAAUUGCACCGGUGCAUGCAAUACGGAGGCCCCAAGAAGAGCAUUCUGGAGUCUGGACUGCUCCGUUCCUCCAAUAGGAUAGACCUCAAAUCUCCCUCCCUUCCCCUUCUCCUCUCCUUCUCCUCCUCUCUCUAAAAUCCCUAGCUGUCGUCUCCCCUAUUAGCCAAUGUCCAACCAGAUUUAUAACUAUAGCUCGAGCUACGGAGGCGGCGGGGGGACCUCCUCCUUCUACUCGCUCCGUGCCACCAAUCCCUACCUCUCCGAUGGUGGCUCCUCCAGGCUCUCCAGCGUCGACUCGCUUGCCGCCGCGGACACGGGCAUGUACUCCGAUCGGAUGUCCUCGCUGUAUUCGAAGUCGGGAGAUGGAUCCUUGAGGCUCUCCGGCAGCGACAUCGCCGGUUACGGCGCCGCCGGGAGCUUAUCGGCGGCGGGCAAGAUCGGCGGAGGCAUUGGGACGGCUCCGGCGUCUAGGGCGUUGUUUGCGAGUUCCUCCUUGGAUCCGAUGGUGGUUGGUGGGGCGAAGAGGUCUGUGGAAGCUCUCUACAAUCAGAGUAUUCUGGGAAGCCAUAACACUAUUGGGCAAAGUGAUGCUCCAUUUUCUUCAAAUUCUUUGGUCAAACGUUCUAGACUUGAAACUGCAAGCAAUCUUCCUAUAUAUCCACAGCGACCAGGAGAGAAGGACUGUGCUCACUAUAUGUUGACAAGAACCUGUACAUUUGGAAACUCCUGCAAGUUCGACCAUCCUAUUUGGGUUCCUGAGGGUGGUAUCCCAGACUGGAAAGAGAUCCCACUCGUCCCUGCGAGUGAAUCUCUUCCUGAGAAGCCAGGAGAACCUGAUUGCCCGUACUAUAUGAAGACUCAAAAAUGUAAAUUUGGAUCUCGUUGCAAGUUCAACCAUCCAAAGGACAAAUUAAAUGCAUCUGCUGAUGAAGUUGGUGGGGAGGGGACUGAAAACUCAGUGUUACCAGAGAGGCCGUCGGAGCCAUUAUGUUCGUUCUAUGCAAAGACUGGGAAAUGUAAAUUUGGUCCAAAUUGCAAAUUUCAUCAUCCAAAGGAUCUUAAAAUACCACCAGAUGGAGAAGAUACUGAUAAGAUGGGGGAGAUGGAGUCAGAAAAAAAUGAUGGUUCAGCAGGCGGAGAUCCAAAGCUAGCAAAGGCACAUGUUUCAAUCACCCCUGCUCUGUUGCAUAAUUCAAAGGGACUGCCCAUACGUCCGGGUGAAGCAGAUUGUCCAUUUUAUCUCAAGACUGGCAGCUGCAAAUAUGGUGCUACUUGCCGAUACAACCACCCUGACAGAAAUUCAUUUAAUCCACCAUUGGCAUCUGCUUUAGGACAAGCUAUUAUGCCAUCUCCAGCAACUAAUUUGCCUUUUGGAGUAUUAGAUCCGGCUGCUAGCUUUUUACAGAAUAUAAAUCUGCAGUCAGCCCAAGCAUCACUUGGAGUCAUUCCAACUGUCUAUCCUCAAAGGCCUGGAGAAAUUGAAUGUGAUGUACGUAUUGAUAGCAUCCUCUUCGUGCUUGGUCUGCUUACUGCAUCAAGAGCUCAUUUGACAUUAGGACCAAUUACACGUGUGGCCAAGAAUGCAUCUUUGUAUACUGUUUCUCUCUCUCUCAUGCUUGCUUCAUUUUAUAGCCAUUACUAUAUGAAGACCGGACUGUGCAAGUUUGGAGAAAGAUGCAAGUUUCACCACCCUAUUGACCGGUCAGCACCAAUGUCAGAUGCAAAGCAGGCUCCUCAACAGAAUGUCAAGCUUACCCUUGCAGGGCUCCCAAGGAGAGAGGGUGCUGUUAUCUGUUCCUUUUACCUGAAGACAGGCACAUGCAAGUUUGGUACCACAUGCAAGUUUGACCACCCGCCCCCUGGAGAGGCCAUUGCUAUGGCAACAAGUCAAGGAACUGGAAGUGGGACGGGAACUGGUGUCUUUUCCACGGAGAGUGGGGAGAACUAAGAUGCUGCUGCAUGCUGAGGGACAGCAUUAAGAGGACAAUUUUCCUCAGCAUUUGCGGGACAACAACUCCUUUGGGAAGCUUCUAGUUUUUGAGGAUUUUCACUGUUACUGAACAACUAUUAUUUUGCUUGAUUUCCUGAUGAACUUGAUUAACCUGCUGUUUUUGGCGAGUAUUCCUGCUUGUUUGUCUAUAACCAACAAUGUUGUGGUAUGUUUUUAGCUAUGCGAAAGGAAGGUAACCUUUUUUUUCUCCCCUCUCCAGCGUGAGGAGGACAAGUAAUGUCUAGAUUUUUUCAUUUAGGAUUCUGUUAGGAGUGCGCAUAAGCAUCAAAUAAGUUCAAGUUAUG